CAUAUAUAACAGUCCCACUGACUCCUGCAGAAGGUGUUUACGACUGCUUUCCUCUCCGCACACCACAACAAAGAAAAGGACCAGCACAGAAGUGGAGGACAUGUUGAAGCCAGUCUUCCUCGCACUGCUCGGCCUGAGCCUCGGCCUGGUGAGCACGUUCCCCUCCCAGGAGACCGAUGGGAGCAAGAACUGGGUGGUGAUCGUGGCUGGCUCCAAUGGCUGGUACAACUACAGACACCAGGCUGAUGCUUGCCAUGCCUACCAGAUUGUCCACAAGAAUGGCGUCCCGGAUGAGCAGAUUGUGGUCAUGAUGUAUGAUGACCUGGCACAGAAUGAAGAUAACCCAACCCCUGGGAUAGUGAUCAACAGGCCGAACGGCACAGAUGUGUACAAGGGAGUUCCUAAAGACUACACCGGGGACGAUGUGACCCCAGAAAACUUCCUGGCGGUGCUGAAGGGUGACUCCUCAAAUGUCAAAGGUGGCUCUGGAAAGGUGUUGAAGAGCGGCCCCAACGAUCACGUGUUUGUGUACUUCACUGACCACGGAGCGCCCGGUAUUCUGGCCUUUCCCAAUGAUGACCUCAAUGUUGACGAUUUGCAAAAAACCAUCAAAUAUAUGCAUGAAAAUAAGAAAUACAAAAAGAUGGUGUUCUACAUCGAGGCAUGUGAGUCCGGGUCAAUGAUGACCGACCUGCCUGCUGACAUUGACGUCUAUGCCACCACAGCCGCCAACUCUCAUGAGUCCUCUUACGCCUGCUACUAUGACGAGAAGAGGGACACGUACCUGGGAGACUGGUACAGUGUUAACUGGAUGGAGGACUCCGAUGUGGAGGACCUGAGAAAGGAAACUUUGGUGAAGCAGUUCAAGAUUGUGAAGAGCCACACCAACACCAGCCACGUCAAGCAGUUUGGAAACAAGACGCUGGCCCACAUGAAGGUCAUAGCGUUUCAGGGGAACCCCAAGGCCAGCGGCCAGCCCGCUCCUCCCAUGACCCUGCAGCCAAUUACACAUCCGGACCUGACCCCGAGCCCUGACGUUCCUCUGGCCAUCCUCAAGAGGAAGAUGAUGGCCUCCAAUGAUAUCAGAGUUGCACGAGGGCUGCUGAUGGAGAUCAACUCCCACCUCAAGGUCAGGCAGAUGCUGGCUGACACUAUGCGUCAUGUGGUUGAGAGCGUGACGGGCAACAAGCUCAAGGCCGAGGAGGUUCUGAACGACAGAAACACCGAGCUCUCCCAGCACCAGUGCUACAAGACCGCGGUCAACCACUACAAGCACAACUGCUUCAACUGGCACAGAUCUGAGUUUGAAUACGCUCUGAGACAUCUGUACGCUCUGGUGAACCUGUGUGAGAGAGGAUACUCUGCAGACAGCAUCCAGCUUGCCAUGGACUCAGUGUGUGCUUACAACAAGUAAAAGGAGCUUCUACAAAUCAAUGAAAGUCUCAAUCAAACUGGUUCGUCCAUGUGGGAUGGCCUCGGAAGACGGAGCUUCUUUUUGCACGGCUAAAGAAUCAAUCUGACGUGGAGUUGACGUUAUUGUUUUAUCAACACACUAACACUUUUCUUUAUUUUUUAUUUUUUACUUGUGAUGUUGUGAUUUUACUGAGAACUUUUAAACUUGUUUUAUGAUGAGUUUGCACUAUCACUGUGAAAGGUUUGUGGAUGAUAUUUUACGCCUUUUCAUUAUUUUAAGCACAUAGGAUAAACAAUUAUAACAUGGAAUUCAUGUUAAUGUAUUUUGCUCUUGGCUUUAUCUGUGGUAUGGACAGCCUGGCAUGAAUGUUUGAUUGACAUGUAAAGAACAUACCACUGAACGUUGAAUGUUUGUUGAACUUCAAGAGAAUCUUGAAAUAAAUCUGAAAGACCAAAAC